AUGGAAGAUGAAACUGCCUCAAUCGAUGAUGAAUUCUUGUCAAGAGAUUAUGAAAUUUGUUCAGUUGAUGAUGAUAACCCCUCAAUCGAAAAUAUCGAUAGUAUGGAUCAUCACCAUGAAGGGGAGUUCACAUUUGCUGGAAAUAUUUCUGAAAGAAUGCAAAUUCCUGGGAUGUUAUUUUUUAUACUUAUUGUCGAUGUCACAGACAUUGAAUCGUGUAAAGAGAGAACAUGUGAUUGUAUUGAUCAACAUUUGGUAAUAACCGAUAAAUCUUAUUGGAUUCCAACUGUCUCUGAUGAGCUUAAGCCAAUAAAAGACCUUAAAUACCCAUCUGAUCAUGCAAUUGAAGACAUGUACAUAAAAUAUGCAUUUGCAACAGGUUUUGAUGUUAGAAAGUCACAAACAAAAAGAAGUGUGGAAUUUAUGUACAUGAAUAUCUUGUAUGUAACAGGCAAGAAGUUGAAAAUGAUGAUCAAUAGGAUAUACUUAUAUGUGAGUCUACUUAAAAGGUUGCACACAAUAAGAAGGAACAAACAUUUGAAUGUCCUUGUAUGAAGUUUGAGUAGUUUGAUAUUUUGUAUCGCCACAUUUUCAUUGUAAUGAAGUCAUAUAACAUCAAAGAGAUUCCUUCUAAAUAUUUACUUAGACGUUGGUAGAAGGACAUCAUCCCCACAAAACUAUUGAAGAGAUGUUUUCGAUAUGCCGAUUCUAACGAGAAUAUUCAAAGAGUUGUGCUUGAUAUCUUUUCUACUGUUGACAACUGUGUAUCUUCUCUCAGCAACGAUCACACCAAAUUAAAUGAAUACUUGCAGGAAAUAAAGCUUCUGGAAGCAAAAUUCCUUUCCAAUUUCACAAUUCAUGAGAAAAGAAUUAAGAAAAAAGAUUUUGAAAAAAAACUUGGUGUUACCAUACCCACUAUGUGGAUAUUGAGAAUCCGGGUGAAAUCUACAACAAAGUGGUACUAAAAAAAGAAUGAAAAGUUCGAGAGAGGUUGCAACAGAAAAAUCAAAGGGUUCCAGAUGUAGUUAUUGUCGCAAGGGCAACGGUGAUGAUUGGCGUAAUUGUCCUGUUAGGAAAAGAAAAUGAAAAUAAACAACAUUUUCAGAGAACAUCCUGGAAAGAAUAAUUAAGUAUAAUUAGCAUUUCAUAUAUAUUUCCAUUAUGUUUUUAUCUUUUAAUUGUGC